AUGGACGAGAAUUCAAAUAGUCAACAAUCUAAUGUAAAAGCGCGAGAAAAUCAUGACACCAGCGACAGCGAUGUAGAAUUUGUAGAAAGCAACGUGUCGGUAGUUUGUAUCGAUGACGAAAAUGUCGAAGUGACGAAUUCACAAAGGAAGGGUACCGUGCCGCUAGUAACGAUUCACUUCAAGAACAACGAAGUGUACCAGAAGCUUAAAAAAGCUAUCUCGUCUGCGUUACUGGCAGUUUUUGAGGAAAAUCUACCGAAGCAACCAGUAAAGAUAGACCUAGGAGAAGAUGGCUGCUCGAUGGAGGUUAAUGAGGCCGACACCACGGAGAUUGUGGACGACGAAGUUAACUCUCUGUUCGUCAUUGACUCCACACCGAUGAAGAACAAAAAGAGCAAUGAUCCUAUACCGAGUUACAAAAAGUCGCUGAACAAAGUGUACGACGGACAGACACCACCGUCAGCUUCCAACUCACUGGCAAAGCGAACGAAAGCGAAGCAAACAUGCUGGAACUGUGCGGGCAGUCACGCUCUGAAGGAAUGCAAGGAGCCAAGAAAUUAUGUGCGCAUUCGGCAGAAGAAAGAAGAGUUCCAGAAAAAGAACGAACGAUAUCAUGCCGAUCUGGAGCAGAAGUACGGUCACAUUCGGCCGGGCCAUUUAAGUCUGGAACUGCGUAAUGCGCUCGGUCUUGGGCCUCGCGAUCUUCCGCUGCACGUGUACAAGAUGCGCAUAUUUGGCUAUCCACCCGGGUGGCUUGAGGAAGCGAAGAUAACACAUUCCGGUCUGCAGCUGUUCGGAUCGAACGGUGACGCCGUCCAGCAUUCGGAUGAAAGUGAUGGCGAGGUUGACAAUGCCCGCAUGAAGUACGAUGUGCGAAAAAUCAUCGAGUAUCCCGGGUUUAAUGAGCCACCGCCUCCGUCGAUGUUUGACGAUUCGAAGUACUUCAGUGUGCCGCCCUACUCGGAGGAACUGAGUCGGGAUAACAUGAUCCGUCAGUUGGAGGGAACGUUAGUGGGAGGCUAUCGGCGUAAGAAAAUGAAGCUGACGGUCGAACCGGACGUGGAGAAUAUUGCUGAUUCGACAGCGAAUACGGAAAUAGUUGACAUGGAUGCGAUGGAGGGUAGUCCGGAACUGCCGAAAACUCCCAGAGCGGAAGAGCUGGAGGAUGGUGAAGUGUCUUCCGAUACGGAAACGAACCAUGUAACGGCUGUCGAAGACCAAAGUGUUAUAUUGGUUGAGACUCCAGUGGAAGUGAUCACAUUGAAUGACACGCCGAUAGUGAUGCCGCAACCUGAUCCACCAUCGCCGACCUUGGCAGAUUUGCAGGCCAAACAAAAUCAGCUUAUGGAGCAGUUGGCAAAUAGUUCCGUAGCGACGGAAGACUCUUCCUUCGUUAAUGACAUUUUGCUCGCGGAAAAGCUGGCUGAAAAUCCGGAGCAGAUCGCGGAACAAGUGGCCAGCAGUUCUGGUGCGACUGAAGACUGUUCCUUUAUGGAUGACGUGAUGCUUGCGGAAAAGCUGGCGGCUGAAGCAAAUCAUUCGACCGAAGCAACAAUAUCUUCUUCAAUGCCUCCACCUGCGCCACCUGCUCCAGCUGCUCCACCUGCACCACCUACUGUAGAACUCCCACCGCUACCGCCAACACCACCCGCACCACCAUCGCCAUCGACCGCUAGCCUGCCAGAAACCGGACAAUCCAUACGACCACCAGAACCGGAGUCAUUUGAUCUCGGCGAAAUAGCGAUGAACAAGGUGCCGUACAUCGAUGAGCCAGCCAGCAUGGGACUGAAGCGAAUGUCACUCGGUACACCGAUUUUGAGUGCGUUCACACCGUACAGCACGCUGCCGAGUGGUGAAGCGUUUUCGAAGGGUGUUAGCGAUGUGAUACAUUUCGAAAAUCUGCCCAACUCUACCGGCAAAUAUCAACAGAUGAAGUCUCUUCUAUCGGAAGUGCGAUUGAAGAUGAUCGAUCAUUUGCGUGAGACAGAGGAUGGAAGUUAG